AUGGCUGCUGUCGCCAUCAGUGUUAUUAUGCUGCCGGCGCCUUUGUUUUCUACUGCGGUUAUGUUGGCUGUCGUGGUGUCGGUUAGCAUUCUACUGCUUAUACAAACGUGCGAUAUCAUAGGCUUCUUGCUAUCACCAACAGCAUCAAACUUUUCCCUCACUGGAAACGGACAAAUCAGGACCGUCGUGACGCAUGUACAGUAUUUGUCUUCGACCAUCGCGUGGCUCCCACAUCGUGCUGCGACAUGGACGCGAUGCGCGUCGAUCCUCUUAUCUGCUAUCCUUCGCGCUCAUGCUCAGGCCUCAGAGAUUCAAAUCAAAUAUCGGUCGGAUGACUUCGGGGCCCGAGUCUAUCAAUGCUGUCCGUUUGUUCGACUACAUAUCACUUUCUUGCAUGCGUCACAAUUUGUAGCACUGGUGGCUCAGUCUGUCGGACCUUCAUUUCACGUCCUCGAGAACAUUAUUUCCAUGAUCGAAGUUCUUACAUCGGAACCGGAACUCUCCGGUGCCGUUGAAGAAGCUCUUCCAUUCCUGAUGGCAGGUCUCCGUCGUUUCGUAUUUGGACGGAUAUGA